UUUUCCCUUUUAUUUACUCGGAACAUUGGUUAAACUUUUUUUUUUCUUAAAUUUUUCGUUGCAACAGAACUAUUUCCGCUUUAUUUGAUUGUCAGUUGCUCAGCAACCACUUAAUUUACAUUAAAAAUAGAAAAAGAUGAAAGUAAUCUUCACUUUUUUUCAACACACUUUAUUUAUUUAUUUUUUUCAAAUGUAUACCAUAUUUUCGGACGGAGGUAGAUAACAAUAAAUUGAACGCGUAUUAGUAGUUUAUUCUAAAUCUCCAAAUUGAUUUUAUGGUCAGUCGUUCAUUUCAGCCAUUAAGUUCAUAUAAACGAUAUUUCUCUUAUAAAGAGAGAAAAAACGAAAGAAAGAGUGAAACAGAGAAGGAGAGAUAAUACAACUACAAAUUGUGGCCUACACUUUCCAUAACUUAACAAUUCACAAUGUAUUUCUGCUCUUUCUCAACACCGUUCAAACUCUUUUAUACGUAGCAGUUUGUUCUCGCUUUACGUGGAACAGUUGUUCUGUUUUGUGUAGCUAAGCAGUUUUUUUGCACAACACACAUAAAACACUCCCUUAAAAAUGUAUUUAUAAAGUGGCUUUGUAUUCUGCACUGUCAAAAUGGAAAAGUACUCACGAGAAAAACACAAAAUUGUGUCUUGUACGUUGUGUAUACACAAAAACUGUAUAUGUGUAAAUAAUUAUGUGCAUUGUACUCGAACCCAUCAAACAACAAUAAAUAGGUGCACUUGCACUGCUAUAAAUUGUGUAAUUUCAUCAAAUAAAUAAUAAAGAAAAGAAAAAUGAGUAGAUUUAGUGCAAAAUCGAGGAACACAUUUCCGAAGGGAAGACCUCAAAAGAAAUGGACCACCGAAGAAACUAUCAAAAUAUUAGAAUAUAUUAUUAGCAAUGGCAAUUUAGAGAAGCCGACUGCAAAAAGUUAUUAUGAAAAGCUAAUAAGACAAACCGGCGUAGAUGCAAAUUGGUCUUUAUGCAAAUGGAAAGUACGCAAUUUAAAAACUGGCUACAUUAAGGCAUUAGAAUGGCAAAAUACGGUUGGCGCCGAUAUGAUAAGAUCUGAAAAUGGUGACGUUAAUUAUGUGCUUGACAAAGUUCUUCGCAUGAGUCCCCAUUUUAAGCGUUUAAGAGAAAUUUUCGGUGACAUUGUUGUCAAAAAUAGUCAAGUUGAAAAUUAUGAAAUAAAAGAACUAACAAUGAGUGACUUUGAGAUGCAACCUACCCAUGUUUCAACACCUCAACCGCAAACCUCUUUAUCAACGAUGACAACAACAAGCGUUUUGGAAAAUUCAAAUUCACAACCGUUUAUAAACGGACAAAAAGAUGCUUCCCAUGAUGAGAGCCAACAAAUAUAUAACAGAGACGAACAGCUAACAAUUGAAGCUAGACGUCUCCUGUUGGAAGAAAGGCGUAUUAAGCUGGACGAACAAAAAAUGCAAAUGGAUUACGAGAUUGAAAUGCAAAAACUGAAGCAAGAAUAUGAAUUAAAAAAAUUGCAAAUGGAAAAGGAUGAAAGGAUACAAAAAUAUGAAUUGGAAUUGAAAUACAAAAUUAAGGUGGAGCAAUAAUCAGUCUUAAGUUUUUACAAUGAAACCCACUUUUUACUUUCUAACAGAUGAGUAGUUACCAGACUUUUUCGGUUGAGAAUAAUGUUUUUUAAAAAUUCGAAUUAUCUAUUAUUAGCCUUAGAUAAAAAAAAAAAAAAUUUCUAUGAGGCUACAGAAAGAAAAGUUCGAAUUUCUCUUAAGGUCUCUUAAAAAGAAAAGUUGUUUUCUUAAUUUUAAAAGUUAUGCCCACGGUUCAUGAUAGAAAGAGAAUACCGAAAAAUGUCUACACACACACACACACACACACACAAUCACGCAAAGAACAAGGUUUGAUCGAUUUCGUAAUUUGAUUAUUUAUUAGCUUCUUCUUUACAUAUUUAUGUAUAUACAAAUUGGAUGUAAGAAGUCAGCAUUAUUACUAUGUAACGUAUGUAUCCCGGCCUGGAAAGCUUAUGACUUAUAAUCGCAUAAUGAAUAAAUAAAUGAAAAAAGGAUAGUUUAAGGUCAAUUUGAAAGCUCUAAGAAAGUCACAAAAAUUCAUCGAAUAGGCAGAGGUUACUAAGAUGGGCCAUAACUUCCUUGAGGUAGCUAUCGUAAUCUUAACGGACAGAUGCUCGAAUUACAGUAAAUGCAUUCAAUUUGCAAAACAUACUUCAUGCGCUCUAUUCUGCUUAUUUCUAUUCCUAUGAUAAAAUAAAUUCUUCAAGAUGCCACGUUUUCAGCAUUUUUAGUUAAUCUGAAACAGUGCAAGCCUGGGCAAGGCCGGCCAUCGGGUACCCUAUACCACUCUGGCUAGUGCAGUUGUUUACUCUCAUUCGCAAUAAUACACCAAAAAUUACACAUUUAAUUUAUGCAAACCCAACCAUAUUUUGCCUGAAAGCCCACAUAUAGCAGGAUGCCCAAAACAUUAUAUGACGUGAUCCAAAUUCAGCAAACUUAAUUUGCUUUGUAAAAAUUUUAUUACCUUCCAGUUUCGAUCGUAGAAAACUGGAAAUUAUGGUUUGUUUCCAUGUAAGGGCUUGCUGUCGUGAUAACUCUUACAUACGUGACGCUCUAACAAAUGGACCUAACCGAUCCAAAUUCCCUACUGUUAAUUUUUUAACUUAAUCGCUUUUAUGGAUCAAUUGUUAUCAUAAAAUAUUAAAAAUUAAACUCUUUACUGAAGGGCUUAUUACUGAUGAGAGAUCUUAUAUGGAGUAAAUGGACCAUGUGGGUUAUAUUUGGUCGACCUAAUUUCUAUUUCAAAUUACCACCACGAAAAAAUGUUGACGAUAAAACAUUAACAAUUAGUCUUUUUGGCAUAUAAAGAUUUACCUUUCUCAAGAAUUCUUACACGCGGUGGUGUCUUAAAAAUAUUCCAUUUUAAAUAAAUGAAGAAUUUAUACUGAAUACCCAUAGAAAAGCAUUCGACUUUCUAUUUUGAAUGUGCCCCCUUUUGUUAGCAAAUCUAAAAUUAAAAACAUAUCUACGUGGUCCAAAUUCAUACUAAUUUAGAAUGUGGAAUUAUUAUCACUCAUCGAGCUUUGUCAAAAAAUAUUGAAAGUUGUCAUUUUUUUCCAAAUAAAGACUUUUCAAAAUAAGGCAUUAGGAAAAGAAG